GAGCUGUACUACAGUGUUGUUUUCUAGUAAUUACGGUAGCAUGCCGGAAGAGGCCAUUUUGCGUGUUACGUCCUGGGGUAAAUCCACAUCACAGGGUUCAGUUUGAUGUCAGUUUCUGUUACUGUCACAUCAACAGUGGUCGAGUGAAAUAUGCCAAUAAACAUGUCGCCGAGCGGCUCUACUUUGGAAGAACAGCUUUCGUCCAUAAUGGACGUACUUGCGAAAGCGGCCGUAUCUGAAAUUAGCCAACUGUUCUCGGAAGGCUCGACUACCCUUCGCCUACAAAUAACUCAGAGCCUGAAAGAAAACGAAGCGCUGAGGACGAGGAUGAAGGUGAUGAGGAGUGAGCUGUUUUCUAUGCGGCUUCAAACGAGAUCAAAUGCAUCGCGUGCGGCAAGUCGUUUCGCUCUGGCUCGAGCCAACAUCUGCAAACCACGGACUAAAUCACUGGGAAAUGGUGAGUUGAGUAAUAGUUGGAAAACAAGACAGUCCAAGUGUUCAGGGGGGUCUUUAAGCACGCUCACUGUAUUAUUAAUUACUAUGUGUAGUAAAAUGAAUAAUAACAUGAUUCAUCCUGCACAAUUAAUAAUGACGAAUAACCGAGAAAUAGGCAACCUCACAACACAUGACUUUUCUGAAUGGACGAGAUGACCGUUUCCUGCACCUUGUUGUUCAUCAUCAUCAUUAUCAUCAUCAUCAUCAUCAUCAUCAUCGUCAUCAUCGUCAUCGUCUUCAGGUUUAAAGCCCCAGAUGGACCAUAAGGCGGUUGGAUAUCACCCUUCUCAUUCACCAUCCAAAACUGAGGCUUCGUCUGUUGCAACUCAAGCAGAGGAGACCCCAGACAUCAUUUUAAUCAAAGAUGAAGAGGAUAUUGGUGGAGGCAGGCCAACAGAAGACUGUGAUGCAUUUGGAUACCGCAGCACACAGCGCAGCGCCACCUCGGAGAGUCUGCAUGUGGACGCCCCUAGCUCCUCCCACAUGGCCAGUCACAACAGGGACCUGCGGAUCCUGAGCGUCCACGGACAAGGGGAGGGCCCACUGGCGGUGGACGCAAAUGACACCCUCUUUACCGCGUCCGAACUGGAGGCCCUGAGCUCGCUGUCCCCGGACCACAGCAUCACACACGACAGCCUCCUCAGCUUCAACAGCGGCCCCAGUGAGAGGGCCCCUUCGCAGGGGACGCAGGACAGCAGGGGGGGUCCCGGUAGAGACGGCCAAGCAGAACGGCUCCAGCGCCUCCAGGCCGCCUCACUGUCCCUCAAGCACGCCGCGCUAGAGGCCGGCGACAAGGGAAGGCGACCGGGCCACUUCGGCGCACAGUUCCCGCUGCUGCACAACCUUGUGACCCCACAGGGAGUGGCCAAGAGCCUGGACUGCAGCUUCUGCGGGGAGAGCUUUGUCAACCGCGAGGAGCUGAUCGUGCACCGGGCCGGACACACCGGGGAGCCGCCCAUCCCAUGUGCCCUGUGCGGCAAGUCCUUCGCCAACAAGGCCACGCUAAACAUCCACAUGCGCAUCCACACCGGAGAGAAGCCGUACGUCUGCGUCCAGUGUGGGAAGCGCUUCACUCAGAACGGCAGCCUUAAGAUCCACCUGAGGACUCACUCGGGGGAGAAGCCUUACGUGUGUCUGCAGUGCACAGCCAGCUUCAACAACCCCAGCAAUCUGCGUCGCCACAUGGUCACACACACGGGCAAUGGGGUGCUUUGACACCGGGCAACAAGGAAUACCUAAGACCAUUACCUUUGUCAACACUAAUUGACUUUACAGGUUACUUGUGGAAUAGACUAUUUCCAAGUUCCACUUUAUAGAUGAUUGUUCAUUCUUUUUAUUCUGGAUGCUUUAACUUGUAUGCCAAAUAUUUUUUUGUAUUUACCUCCUGUACGCUAUUUUUUUAUGACACCGGACAAUUCAAUAUUCUAGUUCUUACCUUGGAUUGUAUCUAAAUGGCAAUAAUGAUUGAGAAGUACUUUUUUCUGUUGGUUAAUCAACUAAGAUUCAAUGAAAA